UCCUGUCUCUGCUUAAAUGCCAGCGUGUGAAGUGGGGCUCCUCUGGAUAAGGAUCAGACACUCUUCCAACUAUGUUUUCCCUGACUCCAGUCCUGGUAGCAAUUGUCUGCAUUUUGAUCGUGUGGCUCUUUAAAGCUGCUGAUAGAAGCCCAGAGAAAAAGAAAGAGGAACCCCAAAUUCAGCCCUGGAUGAACGAAGACUUGAAAGCCAGUCCUGAUAUCCACCAAAUGGAAGAAGAUGCUGAUGAGUGGCAGGAGUCAGAGGAACACAUUGAACACAUCCCAUUCUCCCACACCCGGUACCCUGAGGAGGAAAUGGUUAAGAGAGCUCAGGAAUUUUAUGAACUUCUCAAUAAGAGACGCUCAGUCCGGUUCAUAAGCAAUGAGCAAGUUCCAAUGGAGGUCAUUGACAGUGUCAUCAAAACAGCAGGAACAGCCCCAAGUGGGGCCCACACAGAGCCCUGGACCUUUGUGGUGGUGAAGGACCCAGCUGUGAAGCACCAAAUCCGACAGAUCGUGGAAGAGGAAGAGGAAAUAAACUACAUGAAAAGAAUGGGACCCCGCUGGGUUACAGAUCUGAAGAAACUGAGAACCAAUUGGAUUAAAGAGUACUUGGACACUGCCCCCAUUUUGAUUCUCAUUUUCAAGCAAGUGCAUGGCUUUGCUGCGAAUGGCAAGAAAAAGAUCCACUACUACAAUGAGAUCAGCGUCUCCAUCGCUUGUGGCAUCCUGCUCGCCGCGCUGCAGAAUGCAGGGCUAGUGACCGUCACUACUACUCCCCUCAACUGUGGCCCUCGUCUGCGGGUGCUUCUGGACCGUCCCCCACAUGAAAAGCUGCUGGUGCUGCUCCCCGUGGGGUACCCCAGCAAAGGGGCCACAGUGCCUGACCUCAGACGGAAGACUCUGGAUCAGAUCAUGGUGACGGUGUAGGCAGAAGCCUUCCCUGGAGAGCCUCAGACUAUGCUCCAAUGACAUUUGCAUUUGUACUGGCUGCUCCUUCUCUCUCUCAGUGCGCGUCUCUUCUGCACCACGGCUCACAAGGGAGUCCACCGUAAAGCCUUUCUGUACCUUCUAGUACUUUGUGUCCAGAGAGCCCUACUCAAGGACAUGUGGACAGGAGAUCAGAGAGCAGGCAUGCUUCAACUUCUCUUUGUUUUCUGUCUUUUUUUUCUAUUUAGAAAUUUGACUGUUUGAGGUCUUUUUAAAAAAAUUUAUUAGUACAUUUCUGAUAUACAUGAUGCUAACAUUCAUCACAAGGAAUUUGUACCAGUACAGGAUAUAUCUUGCUGCUUCUUUUUUCUCAUCCUCUCCCUGCCUCCUCUCCCUUCAACCUCUCUUUCUCUCCUUGUUUACAAAAACUUUGUUUCCAUUUUUUCCUCCUAUUUCUUUUUUUGUCCCUUUCUCCCUAUGUCCCUCCCUCCUUCCCUGUUCUUCCUGUAGGAACAUUUUCUUCCUAUUUCUCAAUAUCUAUUACACAUGUUGAUCCUUGUUUACACUUUUGGUUUCUCAUACCAGAGGAAAAAAUGAAGUAUAUAAACAUGUUUCUGAUUUAUUUCACUUAAAAGUAUGAUCUCAAAGUACAUCUACUUAUCUAGAGAUGUCUCAAGCUUAUGCUUCUUUUUGACAGAGUGGUAUUCUGUUGUAUAGAAAACUGUGUCUUCUUUACCCAUUCAUCAGUUGAUGGGAAUUUGGGCUGUCUCAAACUGGCCACUAUAAACGUGUACACAUAUCACUGUGGUAUGAUGCUUUUACUUUUUUAAGAACAAUACAGGGAAAUAGAAAGGGAAAUAGCUGGGUUGAAUGGAACCUCUAGUUUUAGUUUUUUGAGGAGUCACUACAGUGAUUUCCACAGUGGUUGCACCAGUCUACACUCCGACUAACAGUGAAGAAGGGUUUCUUUUUCUGCACAUUUCUGCCAGCACUUUUGGUACGUUUAGUUUCUUGGUAAUAGCUAUGCUUUGGUUGGUUUCUUGAUAAUAGCCAUGUUCUCUGGAGUAAAAUGGAAUCUCAGUGUUAUUUUAAUUUGCAUCUCUCGAAUGAUCAGUGAUGUUGAACAUUUUUUUCAUGUAUUUAUUGUCUAUUUCUACUUCUUUAUCUGAGAUGUGUCUUUGUUUCAGAUGCUUAUUUCGGAUUGAGUCUUUGAAUUUGGGAAGUCUGAUUUUUAUUUCGAGUUCUUUAUGUAUUCUAGAUAUUAGUUCUUUGUUCGAAGAACAGCUGGUAAAAGAAUUUUCUUGCUUCGAAUUGUCUUUUCAUUUUGUUAGUGGUUCUCUUUGUUGUGCAAAAAGCUUUUUAAUAUAAUGAGAUUCCAGUUGUUGAUUUUUUGUGAUAGUUCCUGUGUGAUCAGGGUUUUGUUCAUAAAGCCUUUUCUUGUAUCACUGUUUUCAUGAGUUCUGUCUAUUCUAUCUUCCAGCAUAUUUAGUUUUUCUGCUUUAAUAUUUACAUUUUUGAUCCAUUUUGAUUUUGGUCCAGUGCAUGAAGAAAUAUAUGGGUUUAGUUUUAAUCUUUGGCAUGCAGAAAGUCAGUUUUUCUAUCACCAUUUAUUAGAGACUAUCUUUCUUCCAGUGAAGGUGUUUGGCUCCUUGUUCAAACACAAGGUGACUCUGAAUGUGUUUGCAUCUCAUGUUUGCAGUUGUUUCUGCACCUUCUAAUCUGUUCCACUGAACCUCAAGUCUGUUUCUUUGGUUAUGUUUUGUUUUAGUGUGUGUGUGUGUGUGUGUGUGUGUGUGUGUGUGUGUGUGUGUGUCUGUGUUUAACAAUACUAUUUUUUAUCACAGUAGUUUCAUGGUAUAAUUUCAAGUCAGGGAUUGUGUUACCCAUGAAUUGCCUUUUGUUGCCCAUAAUUGCUUCUGAUUCCAGAUUAAUUUCUCUAAUUCCUUGAGAUUUGCUGUUGGUAUUUUGAUUGGGAUUGCAUUAAAUCUCUAUUACAAUUUUGAAAGUGUAUUAUUUUUACUAUAUUGGUUCUUCCUAUCCAAAAACAAGGAGUACCUUUCCAUUUUCUGAUAUAUUUUUAUCAGAGUGUUAUAGUUUUCAAAGUAAAGUUUUUACCUACUUUGUAAAAUUGAUUCAAAAGUAUUUAAUUUUUUGGAUGCUAUGUGAAAGUGUUAUUUGCCUAAUUUCUUUAUCAGUGAGUUUGUUAUUUGUGUACAGGAAGGGUACUAAUUUUUGAGUGUUGACUUUGUAUCCAGCUACCUUACUGAAUUUGAUUUUUAAAUCUAGAAGUCUUUUGGUGGAGUUUUGGGGGUCUCUGCAAAUGGUAACAAUUUAAUUUUCCCCUUUCCUAUCCUUAUUCCUUUUAUUUCUUUCUCUUGUCUAAUUGUUCUGGGCAGUGUUUCCAGAGCUAUAUUGAGUAAGACUGAUAAUAGUGAACAUGGUUGUCUUGUUCCUGAUUUUUAAAGUGAAAGCUUUCAAUUUUUGUCCAUUUAGUAUGAUAUUGGCCACUGGUUUCUUAUAUAUGGCUUUCAUCAGAUUUAGAUAAAGAUAAUCUAUUCCACUUUUUUGUAGGACUUUUAUCAUGAAUGAGUGUUGGACAUUGUAAAAUACUUUCUCUACAUCAAUAGUUUUUGAUCAUAUAGUUUUUGUCCUUGGAUCUUUUAAUAUGGUGUAUUACAUUUAUUGAUUUAUAUAUGUUGAACUAUCCCUGCAUCCCUGGGAUAAUCCCUAGUUGGUUACAGUGUAUACCCUUUUUGAUGACUUGUUGCAUUGUAUACUAGUAUCUUACUGAGGAUUGUUGCAUGUAUAUUCAAUAGGGAGAUUGGUGUGUAGUUCUCUUUUUUGGUUGGAUCCUUCUCUGGUUUUGAUAUCAGGGUAAUUCUUGCUUCCAGGAAUGAAUUUGGGAGUAUGGCUUCCCUUUGAAUUUCAUUAAACAGUUUGAAAAGUGAAGAAGGGCCAAGUUGGCGUCUGGUAAAGAUGGUGGAUAGAUAAGAGCAAAAUACAGAGGCUUCCUGAAAUAGGCAACUCAGAUGACAAAAUACAACACUGUGGGGAGUCCCGGACAGAGGGAGAUGGAUCCUCUCAACCCAGGAAGAAACUAAAAUGAAAAGACUCAGUCAAACAUGCAGUCCUGGGGCUACUAUUGAGGCAGCUAAGAUCCCGUGCUCUCGCACACCCAAAUUCCCGCCACUUCGACUUACUAGAACCACAGUCGCACUGAAAUGCAGUUGCACUGGGCUGGGGAUUUAGCUCAGCAGCAUUAGCUCCUGCCUUGCAAGCAGGCAGUUGUGCGUUCGAUCCCCAGGACCGAUGAAAAGGAAAAAGACAAAAAAAGAAAGAAAGAAAGAAAUGCAAUUGCACUGAAGUCAAAGGUCAGUGAGCCCAACAAAGUACAGAGACAGCAAGGGACCUGCAAUGACCUUUGGUGAGUGCUGGGAAUAAAACCCUUCUACAGGAAAGGGGCACCAAUGGGACAACAUUUUGGAAUUGGCCAGGACUGGCAAGAACAAGGAAAAGCAGUGACUUCAGGCAGUUGUUGCCUUCCCAGACAGGACUGGUGGGGUUUGCUUGGCCUGGGUCACACCCCUGGUUGAGACCCAAUAAAUUGUCCCAAACCAAUUCCCUACAUAUGGUGCACACUAAUGCACUGAAGGCCUCAGCAGGUUGACUGACCCAGAGGAGAGGAGCCAGCAUACACUGCCCCUGUUUGCACCUCAAUAACACACUGAAGUGGGCUGAAAUACCUAGCCAGUGUGCUUCGGAAGAACCAUAAGCAACAAGGAAAGAGACUGGGACCUCCUCUAUACACCUCUAUGGAAGAAACCAAAAAAACAUGACAAGAGGAAGCAACAAGAAAAAGUCCCCAGCCCCCAACCCUGAGAACAUUGAUCUAGGAGAGGCAAAUACAAAAGAGAUUGAGGACAGCAAACAUGCAAUACCAGACAUGGCAUCAGUGAGCAUAAAGAGAUAUCUUUGGGACCUUAUAGACAAGUUCAAAAGUGAAAUAUUUAACCAUGUAAAGCAAGAUAUAAGUAGAUUAAUAAAAGAAAUACUAAGCACCUCUCAAGAAGACACAGACAAAAGAAUGGAGGAACACAAAAAAGGAGAAAAACAUUUGAUGAAGAAUAUAAAACAGUAUAGAAUACGUGAAGCAGGUUCAAAGAGAUUACCAGAAAAUAAAAAAUUCUAUUGAAAGCUGGCAAAACUGCUUGAAAGCAACUAAGGAUAGAUUAUCCAAACUGGAAGACAGGCUUGCAAUGUAUGAUCAUGAAAGGAAAAAUCUAUUAAAAAUAACAAGGAAACAGGCAGUAACAAUACAAAAGCUAGAAGAUAACAAGAGGGAUCUAUAACUUAAGAAUAAAGAAUAUGAAUGAAGAAGCAGGGGUACAAACAAAGGAACUACAAAGUCUAUUCACAGAAAUAAUUAAGGAAAACUUCCCAAGCAUAGGAAAGGGAUUUAAUAUUCAGAUGUAUGAAGCAUACAGAACUCCAGCCAUCUACAACCAAAAUAGAGCCAUGCUCAGACAUAUAAUAAUCAAGAUCUCAGAAAUACAAUAUAAGAACAGAAUAUUAAAAGCCAUCAGAGAAAAGAAAUAGAUCACCUAUAAAGGAAAACCCAUUAAAAUCAUGGUAGGCUUCUCAACACAGACCAUCAAAUCAAGAAGAGCUUGGAGAGAAGUAUUCCAGGCCCUGAAAGAAAAUAAUCUCCAGCCCAGAUUGAUAUAACUGUAAAACUGUCUCUAGAAAUUAAUGGAGAAACAAGAUGCCCCCAAGACAAACAGGAACUGGAGGAAUUCACAGCCACCAAUCCAACUCUACAGAGAAUACUGCAGGACAUUCUAGAGACAGAGUACCAGGAUUCCAGGAACAGUGGCAGAGAGGCCUCAAUGAAUUGGAGCAGAAAGUGGAAUGAAGAAGAAAAGCAGACAACUAAUGGCAGAAAAAGAGCACAACAGAAAUGAGGCAGAGAAGGUUGGCUAUAAUAUCUAGUAUAGAUGGCCUUGAUACUCUAAAAAAAAAGAGAGAGAGAGAAACACAGGCAGAGUAGAUCAGGAGGUAGGGUCCACCAAGAUAUUCUUUAUAGGAAAUAUAAUUAACCUAAAAAUGGUCUUAUAGACUGAAAAUCAAAUAUGAGAAAACAAUGCUGUAUGUGACAGGGAACCAGAGAGUAAUAGGGGCAACUCAACCAGUAUUUGUAGAUAGGUUGGAAAGACAGCCUUUAAUAGGUACAGGAAUACAACCAGAGAUCAAGUCCAGGAUGGAGGAGGUUUGGAACCACUUAGGAAAAUAGCAGGUUGCUCCCCCCCAAAAAAAUUAAAAACUGAGGGUGUUGGUGAGACCCAGAAAUGCACAGUGCACCCUGGGGGAGUGAAUGUGGAGGAAUCGCCUUUAAAAAGAUGACAGAGGAUAUUGAUAAUAGUGCAUCAGGAUUUAAAACCCACAUUACUCACACCACUCUGCUUAGAUAAAUUUUAUUCUGUCCCAGUUUGUCUACUUGCACUAGAUCUGAGGGCACAGACAGCUAUCCCCAAAAUAACAUGAUAUAGUACAGUAAUCAUCUUUAAUUUCCUAAUAACUUAAUCUGGAGUCCUGUAUAACUUAUACUGUUUUAUCAUGACUGAUCUUAGUUAAAUCUGGUUUGUUUGAUUGCUGUUUAGUAUCAACAGAUUUUAUUCAAAACCUGUUAUGAUUGAUAGUAUCAAAUCUAUAGGCAACUAAACUGAACAUGACAAGAUUCACUACAAUACCCAUUCUGGUUUGAUUAUUACCCAAGUUUUACACUAUCUAUAAAGCUCUGUUUUUAUUACUAUUGUUAUGUAUUGCAAAAUUCAAUUAUACUAUGUCUGAUGAUGUAGAUAAUUCUAUUGAAGAUAACAAGAGACAACACAGUAAUCACUGUGGAACUCCUUGUGUGUGGUUUAUAUGUCUUUUUCAUGUCAUGGGUUUAUAGGAAUAUGUUUUGUUUUGUCUUGCUUUGUUUUGUUUCUCUAAUACAGAAAGGAUAGAAAUACAUGUUAAGACACACGCAUGCGUAGAACCUAUAAAUGGCUUAUGAGAACUGAUCUUCUAAUGCAUGAUGAAAUGAACAAAUAUUGUGAAGAAAAAGAGACACUAUAAUAUCCA